CAGGCUUGAUAAGCUGCGGUCUGCAGAGUAACUCACACACACACUCACACACUCACACUCAUCUCUGUGAGCGGAGGAGAGAGAAGAGGACUGAACUGAGUAUCCAAACAGCAGACAUCAUGAAAACGCGACAAUGGUUCUUCGUUCAUCUACACUGUCUCCUGGUUGGCAGUUUAGUUGACUCCUCUUCCCUGUCCUCCUUCUCCUCCCACCGACCGCAGUCCGUCACCAGCAGGGUGGGCAACCAGGCUGUCCUUCCCUGCAGCUGGAAGACCAGUCUGGAUAAGGAGAGCUGCCACAUCCAGUGGGCGACCCUGGAGGACACGGUGUUCGAGCUGCGGGGGGAGAGGAAGUGGGAGGCCGAGGCAUUCGUGGGCCGGGUGGAGGUUCCUCGGGAGAAGCUCGGGUCCGGGGAUUGCUCUCUGAUCAUCCACGACGUUCAGAUCGGCGACACAGGGAGAUACGAGAGCUUCAUGGUGGUGGACGGAGUGAGGGACAUGAAAACCAGGGUCUUCAUUCAGAGCGUCAAGCUGUCUGUGUUUGACCAUAAAACCAAGCUGUCCCGACGUCCAGGUGGGGAGCUGGUUCUGGAUCUGUACACCCGUCACUCUAUGAGAGUGGUCUUUCAGGGCAGGAACAGCUCGGAGUGGUCAGAUGUGUGGAUGAGGGGCGACGAGGACACCGAGCGUCUGCAGAAAGACCUGAUCCAAGAGAAGCUGACGAUGAAGCAGCUGAAGAGCUCAGACGAUGGGACGUACAAAGUCCUGGAUGAGCAUGGGCUCGCCGUCAGCACCGUGCAGCUCUAUGUGGAAGAAAAGUCCACAGCUCUCAAAGUCCACCAGACUCUGGAUAGACAAGCACUAACAGAUGACGCUGCCAGAAGCAGCUGUUCGGCUCUUCUCCUCCUGUCUGUUCUUGUCACGAGUUUCCAUAUUCUUCGUCUCGUCUGAGAAUCUUUCCUCAUCACAGAUAUCUGCUCACAGAUAUUGACCCUGCAAACUAUAACCACAGAUAAUGGAAAUGUUCUCUGUUGUGUCGUCAUCGUGUAGCCUGAAUAACAUUUCAGAUGAGCCAGGAGAGCCGUGUGCUGGAUCACGUUGAGUUACAGAGCGUGAGGUAAAUGGAGGAAAUGUUGGUUUUCAGCUUUAGAGUUAGGUGAGUGUGCACAAGUAGAGCAGGUUUCUGACACAAUAUCUAAUAUCUAAUAUAAACUCCAGCAGCACUUUUAGUAUAAAGAACAACUUUUUCGUACCGCUGCGUGGUUGCAAGUCGUAUAAACGUAGGAAAUCUGACAAACUGGGAUUUCACUGCUUCCCAAUUGAUCAGCACCUGAAAAGACUGAAACAUCGGGAGGGACAUCGGCCAUCUUGAAAGGUGAAGCAACAUCCAGCCUCUUCGAUAGCAUUACAGGAUAAGACAGAAAAGUAUAUUUGCUGAAACUUUCACUUUAUCCUGACAGAAAUACAUGAGACAGAUACUCUGUUAAAAUAUCAGGAUCCUCUGGCUCGUACUUGUGCUACUUGACGGCAUUUACAAGAGUCCCCCGGGCCCGAACGCAAACAACCAAUCCGAGCUGAAAGAGCCAGAAAGAGGCUUUCUAUCUUUCUCUGCUCUGAUUGGUUGUUUUUGUUCAGGCCUGGUGGAUUCUUAUAGAUGCCGUCAAGGAGCACCAAGAGGAGCCAGAGGGACCAGCUCUGUUCACAGAUUCUGUCUCAAGUUCUGUCAGGAUGAAGUGAAAGUUUCAGUAAAUAAAACAAAAAGUUAUUUUAAUAAAAUAACUU